UCUAUAUUAUAAAGGGUAUUUUCUUGUAAGAUCGAUCAUCCCAUUUCAUCAGCUGAAAGCAAAGCUUCUUCUGAGCCUGAAAAGAAAAAUCUGUGUUGAGAAAGAUGAUGGCUAAUGAAAAGCCUGAAGCUUUGGUAGCCAGGAAUGAAGAGCUCAUCAAGAGAUCUCUCUCUGUGGCCAUGGAGGCUCAUAAGUCUCCAGAAGAGAAAUUCGUUACAAGAGCUACUACCCCCUCAGAAGUUAUUUACAGCUUCCCGGGAUCUUGGUCUGUCACAAGUUGGUAUGGUAACAGAAGACCCUUCGGAGAAAAAGAAAUUAAUCUUCAUCUGUUCCCUUCAAUGAGAAGCAUCAGCAACGAGAAAAAAGCAGAAGUAAAUGAAGCUUUUGAAAGUAGAUUUCAAUCAAUAUUGGAGAACUCAAAGUUUAAAGAUGAGGUACAAAAGGCUGCAAGAGAGAGCAAGCAAAUAGUAUUUACAGGGCAUUCUUCUGGGGGUCCAAUUGCAGUUCUAGCCACAAUCUGGUUGUUGGAAGAAGCUAGAAAACAAAAUAUCAGAUUCUCAACUCCUCCACUAUGUAUCACUUUUGGAUCUCCUCUAGUAGGAAGCCAUAUCUUUGCUCAUGCUCUCCGGAGACAGAAUUGGUCCAACCACUUCAUCCAUUUCGUCUCGAGAUUCGACAUUGCCCCUCGAAUCUUUCUUGCUCCUCCUCCGACCAACAUACAACAGUUUGAAAUAAUCCUGAACUUCUUAAGUGGACAAUCACAAGAAGUACCAAAUCUGGCUCAAGAUUACUUUGCGGAAGUGAUAAGCAAUGCGUUGACUCUUACAAGCCACGUUGCUUGCAAGCUCAUGGAGAGCACAAAUCUGCUGCUGGAAACUGUGACAAACUUCAUUGAGCUAAGUCCUUAUAGACCUUUUGGGGUUUAUGCCUUCUUCAAUGGGCAACAAAAGCUUGUCACUUUGGACAACUCCAACGCUGUUUUGCAGCUCUUGUUUUACUCUUGUCAGCCGAGUGUGGAGGCUGAAGUUUUGGAGAUUGCCAAAAGAAGCUUGGUAGAUCAUCAUACCUAUGAAACUCAACUGCAAACCUGUCACAAAGACUACUACUCAGGUGGUGCGAUGAAAUCAUAUACUUAUGAAAUCGACACGAUAAACAAGGCUGCGGAUGUCUUUGAACUGAGCGCAAGCGGUAGACUGUGCUUGCUCGCAGCAGGAGAGUCGGAGGAGCAAAAGAAGAGAACACUAAAAACAGUUGAAUCAAAGGAGAGCGAAAUAAAAAAGACAUUGAAAGAAAUAGAGCUUUACAAGGACGCAUGUGAACUUCGCAAACUUGGGUACUACGAUUCCUUCAAGCUUCAAAAGAGCCAGGAGGACUUUCAAGCCAACGUCAGGAGGCUGGUACUAACAGGCAUCUGGGAUGAGGUUAUUGAAUAUUUGAAAGGGUACAAACUUCCAGACGAAUUCGAGGGCCAAGCCAAGUGGAUUGAGCUAGGAACCCGGUACCGCCGCAUUGUCGAGCCCCUAGACAUAGCCAACUACUACAGACACCUCAAGAAUGAAGACACUGGACCAUACAUGACUAGAGGCAGACCUAGGCGUUACAGGUACAUUCAACUAUGGUACGAGCAUGCAACAUUGAAGAGAGAAGGUGCUUGUGGUGAGUCCUGUUUUUGGGCAGAGGUGGAGGAGCUCUGUUCCAAUGGAAACGAGGAUGUUAAAGCUAAGGAGAUUCAAGAACAGGUUUUACAGUGGAAGAAAGAUGAAGUUAUAGGAAAGGAUGUGUUCUUACGUAAUUCCACCUUUGUUAAAUGGUGGAAUUCCCUUCAUCCGCAAAUCAAGUCAGAUGGCAUUACACCACUCGUCCAUGGUUCCGAAUAGACUUUUUCUCUUUUGGGAUUGGAUUGGAUUUUAACCUUGUUUUGGACGAUCAAUGCCUUAAAUGUUAUAAAUACCAGCAAAUAAACGACUCUGUUUUAUGCUCCAA